AUGACUUCUCCGCCGUAUAACGCCACGCCCGGUUUUCCGCAAUACAAACUCUACGUGGAGUGGUUGAUCAAGAACAACAAGAUCGACAAAGCAAUCCAAAUCAUGCUGGACCUCGAACCUUUAUAUCGCAAACAAGUAGAAGAGUUGCAAGCUCUUUACCCGUUUCACGCACUAGAGCAGGCAGCUUUUGGGCACUCCCCAGCGGCGCACUGGGACAAGACCCUGCUCAAAAAAGAUUACAUAGUCCACACCUUUGCCAAAUGGUUCUCGUUACUUUUGAAGAGGAUCAAAUCCCCCGUUAACCUCCCCGGCGGCCCGAAACCACCCAAGAUUUUUGUAUCACAUGACAUAAGCACCCGUCUAAUUCCGCAACUCAUCCACGCUUUUCAGGGACUACUUCCAGAUACCAUCCACUACGAGAUCCCGACGGGCAUCAUAAGAUUCAAGCGCGGCGUUGGUGCUCCUCAAGGUUUCAGGGCAGAGAAAAGGUGGACAGAAGUAAAAAAAGCGGCGGUGGUUAGUAUGGAUUUGAGACCGGAGACUGCAAGGAAAUUCAAUCGGUUGAGGGAGCGUAGUUUGGAUUUGCAGGGCGAGGAACUGCAGAGGGCGGCGGGGGAGACGGUGGAGACGCUGAGGGGGAGAGAUAGGGCUUUGGAUGAAAGGAGACUGGGGGUGGAGGGGUUGGUUGAGGAGAUUUUGGGGAUAGUGGAUGAGAGGGCUAGGGAGGGGGUUAGGGACUCGGAGGUGGAUUCGAUUGUGAGGCGAAGGGGAAGGAGUCUAGAAGAGGAGGCGAAGAAGAUGGAGAGAAAGAGGGCGGAGAAGGUGUUGAGGUUGUUGACUUAG